AUGGGCUCAGCGCUCUCCUUCCGCCGGAAGCGGCCCGAGCCCGACGACCCGAGCAGCUCCGAGGAAGAGCCGCGAGACGCGAAACGCGUCAAGGCGGCGCCGUACGUGUUGACCGUGCUGCAGUCGUCCGAGAGCGUGACGAAGGUGCUCGCCUACACGGGCGCCGGCUGCGUGCUAACGCUGGAGACGCUCUCCGCGACGACGCAUGCGACGAUUCGGGGCCUGAGCCUUGAAUUCGAGGCCCCGACCACGUCGGACGCGCUGCGCUGGGGGCUGAUCCUCGCGGACCGCGCGGAGCUAUUCGCCCUGCGGCGGGCGGGCACGCUCCAGAAAGAUCGCUUGGCCUUCAGCACGACGUACUGUAGCGAGCCGGUGACGGGCCGGAGCAGCGACGUGGAGCACCUGCGCGAGGGCGUCGUGCGAUUCGCGAGCCCUCGCUUACCGGUCGCGAUCACCACUGAAGAUGCCCUCGUCGACAUCGCGCUCUCGGAGGAGAAUCUGGACGCGCACGCGCGGCUCCAUCGAGGCCUGCUCUGCCAGGGCGUGGUGCGGCUCGACCUGACGGCGCAGAAAGGCGACCUGCUCGGCCUCCGGAACCAGGCCCGCUACGAGGGCGACAGUCGCUGCGGCGGCAACUGGCAGUCUCCGCGCGCUGGCGUGAUCGACGACGAAGUGGCCGCGGAGCUGAUGCAGGCGAUGGCGCCGACGGGCGGGCCCGAGUCGCUGCCGCGGUGCCUGCGCGAGGCGGCGACGCGCGACUACGCGCGGCUCGCGAACCAGCCUAUGCCCGACAUCGAUCGACUCUUCGACCAGGUCGCCGCCGCCUCGGCGCACCUCGACGCGGCGACGCUGGGCCGCAUCAGCGCCGCGUUUUGCUGGCGCUUUAUACUGGCGCCGCCCACCGUCGCCACAUCAGGCUAUGCCGACGAAAACGCAUUCUACUCGGUGUGCCAAGAGGCCGGCGUCUCCUCGCGCGUCGCACGCUCAUUAUGGCGCGACGCGCUGCGGGGAGCCCUGCUCCCGUUCAUGCCUACAUAUGUCAAGUCGGACGACCUCAACGACAUUCCGGAGCAUUGUCUCGUGCGCACAUGUGACACGGCACUGCUCGAGAUGCACUUUUACUUCCGCAACCGCUGCUGCGCGCAUGCCGUGAUCGAGCGCUUCGGCGGCAGCGUCGAGGCCAUCUUCGCCCGCGAGAAUGAGGAAGUUUUGUAUCGCGAGCGCUACGCCAUGCUGUUCGGGUGCAGCGGCUCGAUCGCGCUCGAGGUCCUCCGCCGGCUCAAGUUGCAUGGGGCGCCGGGCGCCUUCGACGCGGCGGUCGCGUGUCUCACGUCCGAGGAGCGGCUGCCGUGCCUCGCCGAUGGCGAUUCGGUGCACGUCGCGCCCGAGUGGAGCGAUCUAUCGAUUCGCGUCCUCCCGUGGGAGCCCGCCCGGUUCGCGCGGACGUGGUUAGGGGGGGGCAACGCCAUUGUCACGAUGGAGCAGACGGGCCUGGAAGCCGAUAUUCCCCUGUUCGCGCUUAGACGCGGCUACGCGAGCGACGCCACGCCGGCGGCGGCGCGCGUUCUCUGCGCCGCCGCGGCCGAGGGCCAGAACGAGAUUUUGUUGCGCUUGCUCCAGGCGGCGCCGGCGUUCAAGGAGCACGCGAUCGGCUUCACUGCACCGCGGUUCGGCGACAUGGGUUCGGCGCUCGAUUACAGCAUCGCCGCGGGGAACGUCGUCGGCGCGGCGCUGUUCAUGGGCGCGGGGGCGGGGAAGGGCGGCUUGGUCGCGGCGGGAGGCGUGGUCCGCUUUACCUCGCGAGCUUGCCGUUCCGACAGGGCUUACCUCGCCCCGGAGAGGAGCCCGGAGCUGCGGGCCGACAUGUCUGCGGCGAUUGGGAUGGUCGCGGACCUGAACCAUGAUCGGCGGUGGCGCGCGCCCGACGUGAGCGUCAUCGAACGCGCGGCUACCCGCGGCGACGACGCCGCCGUGCAAGUGGAGACUAUGAAGGCGACCUUCGCCUUGCGUCUCGCAAAUAGGCUGCCUCAGCGCUGGAGGAGCAGGUUCGAGGCUGCUAGGGCGCGCGUCCGGAAGGAGACGUUUCUGGCCACGCAAGCCGCGGCAUGGGGAGGGCAUGCUUCGACGGUCCGCAAGUUAUUAUCAAUCCAAGACAUCAGCGUGGUCGAUGAUACGGUCGACGUCGAAGCCGUUGACAGUAGAACGGCCACGCUCCAGUAUGCGGUAUUCCAGGGCCACGCCGAGUGCGUCGCGGCGGUCCUAGACGGCUGGGUCGAGGGGUCCGGCGCAAGAAGAGCGCUCCGCUGGGCCUUGGCGCGGGCCGUCAUCUGUGGCCACGCCCACAUCCUGCGCCACUUGCGGGAACGCGGCUACAGCCUCUACACGCCAAACGACACGCCUGAGUUGACGCCAUUGGGCUACGCGGCGCGCUUCGGCCAGCCGGAAGCCUGCGCCGCGUUGUGCGAGUGCCCCGACGUCGCGAGAGCGCUGCAGGAGAACCGGGAGGACAACGCGAUAUUAUCUGCCUGCGACGGCCACCACUCGUCCGUCCUCCGCGUGCUCCUGGAGACGGCGCGCCAGUCGUCGUCGGCACAUUCGUGGGACGCGUUCGAAGUGUGCCCGUUGGUAGCUUGUGCCAUGUCGGACGACAUCGCGUCGAUGGAAAUACUCGUAGAGUAUGAUUAUCCCGUUAACCGUCACCGUGAAAGCUCCAUUAAUCCGCUAUGCGUCGCCGCGACGAGGGGAUUCCGUGGCAUGGUCGAGUUGCUGCUCUUCCAUGGUGCCAGCGCCGCCGGCGAGGGUCCGCUCGACACCGCGCUCUCCAGGUGCAUGGGCACGAACAUGAUCGACUGCGCGAGCGUGCGCCACAGGAUGGCGCAGCGAAUCCUUCAGGAGCGGCCGGCGGAGGUUUCUGGGUCUCUCGGUAUGUCCCUUAUCCAUGGCGUCGUGAGAAAUGCUAAGCUCGAGACAUUGAUUAUGCUUUUGGAUGCGGGCGCCCACGUCGGCGCAGUGGUGGAUAAUAGCAUGGUUGCGACUGGCGGCUGGACCCCGCUGCACUACGCGGUGUAUUUCUGCGUCGAGUCGCACAUGAAGGACGCGGACGCGACAUACGGCGGCGCGAAGCGAAGCAACGCGGACGCCGUCGUGCGCCUGCUGAUCGAACGAGGGGCGCCGCUCGACAUGCAGUCGCGGGAGAGCCACUCGCUGAACCCGCAGCGUGUGGUUGUUGGCGGGUCUACGCCCCGCGACAUCGCGAUCGCGUGCGAGAAUGGCGACGUCGCCGUCGCUGUUGCUGCACUCAUCGACCACGCAGUGGCGAAGAGGGAUGCCGCGCGCGCGGCCCUCCUCGGCGCGUGA